UCCUCCUUGACCCUCUCCAUCUCUUUCUCUUUCAAUCUCUUUAAACUGUCGCUCCUUCCGUCAUGGCCUCCCCGAGAGGCUCACCUUUGUCCGCUGUAUUUCUUAAUUCUCCGACGCACGGCGCCCUCCCCCUCUCCCUACACGAAAUCAAUGAGGACCAACCCGAUGGAGGAGCGUACAGCGUAAUUUCCUCUCGGAUGACCGAUGUUAGCGACAAUGCCUCCGACAUAAUGGGUCUCGCCGAGGCGCAAUUAUCGCAAAAUGCUUCUUCUCGCCCGUCUUCACUUCAACCCGGUAUAGGACGUGCCAAUACCCGGGUCUCUGUAAGCGAUCCACAACCCGACGCCUUCUCAACACGACCCAGUACGGCUAUGUCGACAUCUACGGCUGCGAGAGGAUGGUCAAAUCCUCCACCUUCUCGCAGAGGUUUAUCGUCGGUUGGGGGAAGUCAAAGGGGUAGACCGUCAUCAUCCGCGUCGAGAACUCAUGCUCCAUCGUUGACAAGUCACGCAUUUUACCGACCAAUGAGCUCAACAAAGCUGCAAGCACAACGGGGGAAAGUCACGGAGGAAGACGAGGCGGAACAGAAUCGGAUACGGGGUUUUGCGCAGGCUGCACGGGGGGUUUCCGACAGGCCCCCAGUAUUGGGGUUAUCAAUGCAUGAACCGAUGAUACAUCAACACCUGGUUAGCGAUGAUCGGGCCCAAUACGUCCAGUCAGGCUCUGGAUCUCCAACUGGUCACACCAUGCAUACGGCUCAGUCAAUAACGUCCGUUUCACCCCUCAAUACUUCUGCUCAGUCCUCCCUCGAUAAUCGACAAUCCGCCGGCAAUGAUCACAGGGUUGUUAUGAACGGUUCAAAUGGUAAUCAACUCCCAAAGCUGGAUAACUCGAGUCGGGGCUCAAGCGUAGCCAAGCCGAAACAACACUCGCAACCCUACAAGGGAAAGAACUGGCAAUACUUCCCCGGGAAGACCGCUUUCUGUCUUGGAGGAAGGUUCCAAACAGCCCGAGACGUACCGAUGAACCUUCUGACUGCGAUAUUGGUAACAUUGCCGGCAUGUCUAUUUUGUGCCUACUCUGCGAAAUGGUUAUGGAAACACGUCUCUCCGGCACUGCCGGUGACGUUCGGUUAUCUAUACCUUUUGUGUAUGAUGUCAUUUCUCAAGGCGUCUGUAUCAGACCCUGGUGUAUACCCACGAAAUGUUCAUCCUCUCGAGGUGGACGAUGCAGAUGAUGCUCUAGCUGUGCCUCCGCCAAAUGGUUGGGCAUCUAUUAAACCGUUAAAGCACCAAGUACAUCUAGAAGUCCCUAUCAAAUACUGCCGGACCUGUCGGAUUUGGCGCCCGCCUCGCUGUCAUCAUUGCCGUAUAUGCGAUAACUGCAUAGAAACUCAAGAUCACCACUGUGUCUGGCUCAACAACUGUGUUGGACGCCGUAACUACCGAUACUUUUUUGUAUUUGUCUCAACUGCUACCUUGUUAGGGUUUUAUCUUUUAGCGUUGUCGCUCGUACAUCUCAACGAGUGGAAAAAGCAAACAAGUCAUUCAUUCUCUGAUGCGAUAAGAGAGUGGCAAGUUCCCUUUGGAAUGGUCAUAUACGGCGCUCUUGCGGCACCUUACCCUUUAGCAUUGCUUGGAUACCAUAUAUUUCUGAUGGCAAGGGGAGAGACAACGAGGGAAUAUCUCCACGGCCACAAGUUUGUUAGAAGUGAGCGACACAGACCAUUUUCACAGAUAAACGCAUUUUACAAUUUUGUCGUAGUAUUAUGCAGGCCUCGACCUCCGACAUACGUUGAGCUUAAGAGUAAUUACCAAACUGGCGACCAGCGUUUUGAGCGCCAACAGCAACAGCGACUAAGCACCAACAAAAGUGAGGCAGGAGAUAGAGCAGAUGAAUCAGCCCCAGUAGUAGAACGGCGGAUAUCAGCUUCUUAGAUUUAAUACCACACUUACGUAAGCCCUUUUAUUUUAUUUUUUUAUUUUCUAACGGCUCAAUUUUAGCAUCCUAGUGGCUUUAGUUUCCUUUACAUCUAUAUUACAUUUGUAGCUUACACUUAUCCUCUUUUCCGCUUUAUACUUUUUUAUUUCUGGAUACUUUGAAGGGCCUGAUACUUGGUCGCUUUUCUCACCUUUGUUUCCUUUUGCUUCUUUCAUAUCAAAUUUAUUGGGGGAGGUCGGUGGCUGGAGGGAUGGGACGGAGGGAUGGGACGGGACGGGGAAGUGAAUAGGUGGGGACCUAUCUGUAUUUGUAUAACCAGGCUUGAAGUGUA